AUGUUGAGCUUGUUUAAUUCACGCUUAUUGGACCCGACCUUACGCCACCCCGACCUUACGCCACCCCGACCUUACGCCACCCCGACCUUACGCCACCCCGACCUUACGCCACCCCGACCUUACGCCACCCCGACCUUACGCCACCCCGACCUUACGCCACCCCGACCUCACGCCACCCCGACCUUACGCCACCCCGACCUCACGCCACCCCGACCUUACGCCACCCCGACCUUACGCCACCCCGACCUUACACCCACCCCGACCUUACGCCACCCCGACCUUACGCCACCCCGACCUCACGCCACCCCGACCUUACGCCACCCCGACCUUACGCCACCCCGACCUCACGCCACCCCGACCUUACACCACCCCGACCUUACGCCACCCCGACCUUACGCCACCCCGACCUUACGCCACCCCGACCUUACGCCACCCCGACCUUACGCCACCCCGACCUCACGCCACCCCGACACUACGCUACCCCGACCUUACGCCACCCCGACCUUACACCACCCCGACCUUACGCCACCCCGACCUUACGCCACCCCGACCUUACACCACCCCGACCUUACGCCACCCCGACCUUACGCCACCCCGACCUUACACCACCCCGACCUCACGCCACCCCGACCUUACGCCACCCGACCUCACGCCACCCCGACCUUACGCCACCCCGACCUCACGCCACCCCGACCUUACGCCACCCCGACCUUACACCACCCCGACCUCACGCCACCCCGACCUUACACCACCCCGACCUCACGCCACCCCGACACUACGCUACCCCGACCUUACACCACCCCGACCUUACGCCACCCCGACCUCACGCCACCCCGACCUCACGCCACCCCGGCCUCACGCCACCCCGACCUCACGCCACCCCGACACUACGCUACCCCGACCUUACGCCACCCCGACCUUACACCACCCCGACCUUACACCACCCCGACCUUACACCACCCCGACCUCACGCCACCCCGACCUCACGCCACCCCGACACUACGCUACCCCGACCUUACACCACCCCGACCUUACACCACCCCGACCUUACACCACCCCGACCUUACACCACCCCGACCUUACACCACCCCGACCUCACGCCACCCCGACACUACGCUACCCCGACCUUACACCACCCCGACCUUACACCACCCCGACCUUACACCACCCCGACCUUACACCACCCCGACCUUACGCCACCCCGACACUAGAGCCUUCCCAUGGCUGGCUGGACAGAUUUCACAAGUAUCACGUGUUAAGUGUACACGUUGCACAUGCGUGUCAGCCAAGGCAUGA